AUGAAUCCUGUUCCUUUCUCGUGCCUUUGCUUCUUCCUCGUUUUCUCUUGUGCUUUGCUUCUCACUAACCCUGUUAACGCGUUCAUUUUCGUCGACUACUACUGCUUAGGAGACACAAAUUAUACAGCUAAUAGCCCUUUCGAGAGCAACUUGUAUGAGCUUUUCCGCUCACUACCAGGAAAUGCUUCACUCACAGGCUUCUACAACGACACGAAAGGCACGAGCCCAGACCAAGCCUAUGGGCUAAUUCAGUGCAGGGGUGACCAAGAAAGCCAAGAAUGCCACGACUGUGCCGGGGUUGCAGGCACAGACAUAACGGGUUACUGCCCCAAUAGCAAAUCAGCCAUCCUCUGGUUCGAUGAAUGCUUAUUGCACUACUCAGAUUCAUGGUUCUUCUCCUCUAUUGAUAUUAACGAGGUUCUCCUUUACAAUAGACAAAAUGUCACAAACCCAGAUCUUUUUAGAGACAGAGUAGGACAAUUGAUGGGUAAUCUCUCCUCCACAGUUGUGAAUGACACAUCCAAAUUCUUGUAUGCUACAAGGGAGAUUGGUGUAAAUGAGACAGAGAGCAUAUAUGGGCUUGUGCAGUGCACCAGGAACCUUAAUCGUGAUAACUGUUCGAAUUGCCUGAGAAUGAUUAUCAGCGAUCUUGCGGUUUAUGGCGACAGUAUUGGGGCUCAAGUUCAUACAGGGAGUUGCAGUGCUCGUUAUGAGAUUUACCCUUUCUUCAAUGCAACAGUAUUCCCUCCACCACCUCCACCAGCUCUCCCUCCUCCUCCUACAAGUUUCCCUCCUCCACCUGAAAGUCAUUCUCCUCUUUCUCAGCCACCGAAUACUCAGCCACCAAAUAUAGUGGAUAAUUCUUCUGGGUUUUUGCUCCGUUUUUCUGCCACUCAAUUUGCUAUUUUUCUUGUUAUUGUUAUGGCCUGUUGA